CUAAACUCGGACGCGAUUCGAGACACCCCAUGACGGUUCCGCCACCCCAGUGGCGACGCAGAGAAAAAGCACGAAAGCCUUCCUCUCAGCGAAGAGGCAGCACUUCCUCAGUCACGCGCGCCUGGCUUAGCUCAACCCUCCCAACCCUCCCUAAACCAUGAAAUUCACGGACUCCCCAGUCAUCUCGCUUCCCAUCGGCGACAAAAGCCUAACCAUCGAGCAAGACAACAGCUCGAUGCACGUCGGCACCUCCGUGUGGCCGUGUUCCCUCGUCGUGGCCAAAUUCGUGGAACGAUGGGUGCUCUCAACCUCUCCCCAACCAGAAAAUCCCUACUCCUUUCUCUUCCCCUUACGCAGUCGCCGAGCCAUCGAGCUUGGCUCAGGCUGCGGCCCUGCUGGCAUGGCCCUCGCGCUCCUCGGCCUCGACGUAACCCUAACCGACAUUGCCCCUGUUAUGCCCGCGCUUAAGCGAAACCUCAAAAGGAACCUUCGUUGUUUUUCUGGUGUCACCAAGCCUAGAGCAGUUCAGUUGUAUUGGAACAAUGAGCAGCAAGUUAGAGCGCUUAAGCCUCCUUUCGAUUUUGUGAUCGCGACUGACGUUGUUUAUUUGGAGAAUGGGGUGGAGCCCCUGUUGAUGACCAUGGAGAAGCUUUGCGGGCCGGAGAGUGUGGUGCUUUUGGGGUACCAGUUGAGGUCGCCGGAGGCCGAUAGGUUGUUCUGGGAGAUGUGUCCCAGGUUUUUUAGGGUGGAGAAGGUGAGGCAUGAGGAUCUGCAUCCCGAGUAUGCGUUUGACGAGACUGAUGUGUUCAUUUUGAGGAAAAUUUGAAGGGUUUGUCACUGAUUUCUUUUGUUUAGUGGCUUUUCCUACUUUUUUUCCUUACCUAUUUUUCUUGUUGGGGGAGAUAAUCGUAAUUUGUACUCUGAUAUCAUCUGCUUUCACCACCCAUGUAACAUUUUUGAAAAUGAAUACCUUUUCACCUGACACUCGCUCCCUUUGUUUAUGUUAUAAGUAAGGCUUUGAUGUUCAG